AGAAGUUAAGUUUUGUUUAAACUUUUAUAGCUAAAUCAUCAAAAAUUCAGAAGCCGUUGAUGUAAUGUAAAUUACAUGAUUGUAAUUAUUGAUAUGAUAUAGUUGUAGAUGUAAGGUCAAAAAAAAAGCCUUGCCCUCUAUUACUUUAGCAGUUAAAUAUAAAAAAUAAAGAGAGACUAAAUAGUUUAAGAUCAAAACAAACAUAAUAUACUUUAUAAUAGUAGUCCAUGGCCCAGAUUUUUACCCUCUUUUAUCAACCGAUUCUCUAUAAAAACCACAUGUGGUUAAUUAUCAACUUACAGUCUUUAUCUUGAUCUUCGAAGUAAUCACAAAUCUCGCGUGAUUUUAUAUUUAACAAAAAAAAAUUAUUAUUUAUUGAGCUUAAAUAAUUGAAUGUGUAUUGUGAUCUCGGGUGUUCUUACGAUUAUUGUUAUAAUUGCUAUUACUUGUUUAAUUAUUUAUCAACCAGUAUUCAUUCGGAAAACUAAAGACAUUGAAUAUAAUAAUGAUUAAAAUGAAAUUAAUUAUUUUAUAUUUGCUGAUUGCAUCAAUCAGCAAGACUAGUCUUGGUAAUAUAAAUUUACUAGAAAUGUCUCAAACACUUUGGUCAAAGCUCCUAAAUGGGGGAUUAACGAAUAUUGGUCCUUUGGAUCCAUUACGUAUCCCUGUUGUUAAAGUUGACCAAUCACAAAAUAAAACAAAUUAUCGAAUUAUUUUAAAUAAUAUUGAAAUUGUUGGUCUUAAUCAAUCAACAUUAGAAAGUAUUCAUAUUGGAAAAGGAAGAGUUAAGUCUAAUUUAAGUGAACAUGAAGCUGGUUAUGUCAGUUAUUCUGAUCGAAAUGUUAUUGAUUCAAUCAGAUAUAGAUUUCAUACGGUUGUAAAAGAGCCAAAAACUCAAGAUAAUGAACAAUUUAAAGUUCAAUCAAUAGAAACAUUCAAAACUUCUGAUAGGCAGGAUCAAUAUACAAACGAUCCGUCUCAAAAAACUUAUUAUAAUAAUAAUCAACAAAGUCAACAGAGAUAUAAUAAUAAUAAUCAACGAUAUACUAGUCAGCAAUACCAACAACGACGGGAUCAAAAUUAUCCAAUGCAACAAGAGUUUGAUAAUAAAAGAAAUGAACAAAGAACUAACGGUGAUCGUGGACAUUAUCAAUUCCAUUAUCAACGUCAUCCUCAGCCAAUGGCUGAUUACUCAACAACCUCUAAAACAGUUCCAGUUAAUAGAAACAAAGAGUCUCAAGAUCAAGAUCUGUAUUUAGUUUAUGCUCAAAGUCAGUCAAAUUAUGAAAAUCAAAAGAGAUUACAAGAUAACCAAAGACCUAGAGUUCAUAGUUAUCAAGCUACUCCUCAAGAUCGUCAGUCAAAUUACGAGCAUCAAAGAAAACUACAAGAUAACCAAAGACCUAGAGUUCAUAGUUAUCAAGCUACUCCUCAAGAUCGUCAGUCGAAUUACGAACAUCAAAGAAAACUACAAGAUAACCAAAGACCUAGAGUUUAUAGUUAUCAAGCUACUCCUCAAGAUAGUAUUGCAACAGAAACUAAUAUUGAAACUCAAAGAACAUUCACAAAUAAAGGAAAUCCAGUACGAUUUUCUCUAAACUUAGGAUCUAAACCACCGUGUGUUCAUGAAGAAAAAGAUGUAGAAAGUAUUGAUGUUAAGUCAACAAAUACGGGAUCAUCAUCAAGAUUAGAAAAUCAACCUGGAUACGUUGAUAUUGUUUAUGCUGACCAAAACGAUAAUAAAAUGCGUCGUUUUGGUAAUUUAAGAAUUGAAUCAACAAGAGACAAAACGGUUUAUCGUCUUGAAGACGUAAUGAAGGAUUUGGAUAAUCAUCGCAGAUUUAUAAUUCAUAAUUUCACAGACAGUGAAUUAUUGCUCAAGAGAAAUGAUGCAGUAAGAACUGCUGAAGAGACUAGAAGAAUAAAAGAUUUAAUUCGGUAUGCUAAAGAUUUUCAAGAAAAACAAGGUUACUUUGAAGAAGGAAUGGAAAUAACAUAUCACUAUGGAAAUGAAUCCGAGCGUAAAGUAUUUGAUGGAAAAAGAUCGAAGCGCGCUCAUAGUGAAGAUGAGAACGAAGACGACAUUAUCCAUGUGAUCAUGAAAAUUCAUGCUCCUCUACUAAAAAUUAAAUCAGAUUAUGUCCUUAUGGGAAAAGUUGGAAAUCAGGUUUUACGAGGCAAUGGAGUACUUGAUGGACAAUUUACGGAUGUGACCGGAGAGUUCACUGUUGAACUAAAGAAGACUGGAAAUACAACGAUGAUCGUACGUGCAGCGAGGGCAAAACUUGAAGCCAAUAACAAGAAUGUCACUCUUCAGGGUAUGGACGAGAAUGGGCCAGUAGAAGAAAUUUUAACUCAAGGUUUAUUGGCUGCGGAAGCGGUUGCUGCGAUGUUAGCUGAUGAUCUGGCAACAAAAAUACUUAAUGAUACUGUCACCGAUGCUAUUAUUUAUAAAAUGUAUAAAGAAUUGCCAAAUAACUAAUAAGUAUUUAUAAAUUUAUUUAAAAUUUUUAUUUAUUUAUUGAC